CUUAUUUAUUCAUGAAACUCCAACACUAGUACUGGUCUCAAGUCUCAACAUAAAAUGGCCAUUCUUCUAACUAUGCUUGAUAUUUUUAUUAUUAUAACUAUUAAUGUUUUUGUUGUAUUGUCUCAUGUAUCCUAUGCAACCGAUACCAUUACCAAGUCUGCUUCAUUGUCUAAUGGCAGCACUUUGGUCUCUAAGGAUGGAACCUUUGAGAUGGGUUUCUUCAGACCCGGUAAGUCCUUAAACCGCUAUGUAGGAAUAUGGUACAAAAAUAUCCCCGUUCGAAGAGUGGUUUGGGUUGCAAAUCGAAACAAUCCAACAAAAGACGAUUCAAGCAAAUUGAUCAUAAGUCAAGAUGGAAACCUUGUGCUUCUCAACCACAAUGACUCUCUUGUUUGGUCAACAAAUGCAUCAAGAAAGGCUUCAAGUCCUGUUGUGCAGCUCUUGAACAAUGGUAAUUUAGUACUUAGAGAUGAGAAGGAUAACAAUGAAGAAAGUUUUUUGUGGCAAGGGUUUGACCAUCCUUGUGAUACACUAUUACCUGGAAUGACGUUUGGAUAUAAUCGAAAAUUAGAUUUUUAUUGGAAUCUCACUGCUUGGAAAAAUGAAGACGAUCCGUCUUCAGGAGAUUUAUAUGCAUCUGUGGUCUUUACAAGCAAUCCCGAAAGCAUGAUAUGGAAGGGCUCAACUAAAAUCUGUAGGUCUGGACCAUGGAAUCCUCUCUCUAGUGGAGUUGUCGGAAUGAAACCCAACCCGCUUUAUGAUUAUAAAGUUGUCAACAAUGAAGACGAAGUGUAUUACCAAUUCGUGCUCAGGAAUAGCUCCGUUACCUCUAUAGCGGUACUCAACCAAACCCUAUUGAUUCGUCAACGCCUUGUUUAUGUUCCUGAAUCCAAAAUAUGGAGCGUUUACCAAAUCAUGCCAUCGGAUACUUGUGAAUAUUACAAUGUUUGUGGAGCAAAUGCACAAUGCACGAUUGAUGGAUCGCCAAUGUGUCAAUGUUUACCUGGAUUUAAGCCAAAAUCACCACAGCAAUGGAAUUCAAUGGACUGGACGCAAGGAUGUGUGCGCGGUGGAAAUUGGAGCUGUGGGAUUAAAAACCGAGAUGGGUUUCAGAAAUUUGUUAGGAUGAAGUUACCCGAUACAACAAAUUCUUGGAUUAAUCUAAACAUGACACUUCAAGAUUGCAAAACCAAAUGCUUGCAAAAUUGUUCUUGCACAGCUUAUACCUAUCUAGACCCAAAUGGAGCAGUCAGUGGUUGUUCUCUUUGGUUUAAUGAUCUUAUUGAUUUGAGACUUUCGCAAAGUAGCGAGGGCGAUGAUCUCUAUAUUCGAGUGGACAGGGAUUCAAAUUUUGGUCAUAUACAUGGGCGUGGGAAGAAAGUGGUCAUGGUGGUUUCUAUCACAGUUUCAAUGUUGCUUGUGAUGCUAUUGGUAUUAUCCUAUGUUUAUAUAUUCAAACCAAAGCUUAAAGGGAAAAAAGAAAGAGAUGGAGGAGAACAUGAAGAUUUUGAUCUUCCUUUCUUUGAUCUAGCUACAAUAAUCAAGGCCACUGAUAACUUCUCAACCAACAAUAAGCUUGGUGAAGGUGGAUUUGGACCCGUAUACAAGGCUACAUUGCAAGAUGGACAUGUAAUUGCAGUCAAAAGACUUUCAGGAAAUUCUGAGCAAGGAUCGAAAGAAUUUAAAAAUGAAGUCAUAUUGUGCGUUAAAUUGCAACAUCGAAAUCUUGUUAAGGUUCUUGGUUGUUGCAUUGAAGGAGAUGAAAAACUGUUAAUCUAUGAAUACAUGCCAAACAAAAGCCUUGAUUCAUUUCUUUUUGAUCCAACUCAAAGUAAAUUGUUAAGUUGGUCAAUGCGUCUUAACAUCUUGAAUGCAAUUGCUCGAGGAAUUCAAUAUCUUCAUCAAGAUUCUAGAUUAAGGAUCAUACAUAGGGAUUUGAAGGCGAGUAAUAUUUUACUAGACAAUGAAAUGGAUCCAAAAAUUUCAGAUUUUGGCAUGGCUAGGAUGUGUGGAGGUGACCAAAUUGAAGGAAAGACAAGAAGAAUAGUUGGCACAUACGGUUAUAUGGCACCCGAAUAUGUGAUUCAUGGACUUUUCUCUAUUAAAUCAGAUGUAUUUAGCUUUGGCGUAUUAUUGCUUGAAACAAUAAGCGGAAAGAAAAACAGAACACUUACCUACCAUGAACAUGAUCACAAUCUUAUUUGGCAUGCAUGGAGAUUGUGGAAUGAAGGAACUCCACAUGAAUUGAUUGAUGAAUGCUUAAGAGACACAUGUGUUUUACAUGAAGCUUUACGAUGCAUCCAAAUCGGUCUUUUAUGUGUGCAACAUGUUCCUAUUGAUAGGCCAAACAUGAAAUAUGUGAUUAUGAUGUUGGAUAGUGAAAAUACUUUACCUCAACCAAAGGAACCAGGUUUCUUAAAUCAAAGGGUGUUGAUUGAAGGACAACCUUCUUCUGAGAAUGGAAUAACUAUAUCACUAUUAAGUGGUAGAUGUCUAGAGUGCUUCACGGCCUCAACAUUUAGUGAUUCACGAAUCAACACCAAAGUGUUAGCAGUGAAGUUUGGCAACAUCCAACCAGAGGUGAAGAAGUGCCAAACUGCAUUGAGCAGCCUAUGUGAAAUUUCAUGUCAACCCUUUCUCUUUAUUCAUGAAACCCCAACACUUCAUUUCUUUUUGAUAACACAUGAAAUUCCUACACUAGUAUCCAAUCACCAUAAAAUGGUCAUUCUUCUAACUAUGCCUCAUGUUUUUGUUAUUAUUAUUAUUAUUAAUGUUCUUAUUGUAUUAUCUCAUAUUUCAUAUGCAACCGAUACCAUUACCAAGUCUGCUUCAUUUCCUGAUGGCAGCACUUUGGUCUCUAAGGAUGGAACCUUUGAGAUGGGUUUCUUCAGACCCGGUAAGUCCUUAAACCGCUAUGUAGGAAUAUGGUACAAAAAUAUCCCCGUUCGAAGAGUGGUUUGGGUUGCAAAUCGAAACAAUCCAACAAAAGACGAUUCAAGCAAAUUGAUCAUAAGUCAAGAUGGAAACCUUGUGCUUCUCAACCACAAUGACUCUCUUGUCUGGUCAACAAAUGCAUCAAGAAAUUCUUCAAGUCCUGUUGUGCAGCUCUUGAACAAUGGUAAUUUAGUGCUCAGAGAUGAGAAGGAUAAAAAUGAAGAAAGUUUUUUGUGGCAAGGCUUUGACCAUCCUUGUGAUACACUAUUAGCUGGAAUGAAGUGUGGAUGGAAUCGAAAAUUGGGUCUAGUCUGGAAUAUGACUGCUUGGAGAAAUGAAGAGGAUCCAUCUUCAGGAGAUGUAAUUCAAAUUAUGGUGCUUACAAGUAAUCCAGAAAGCGUAAUAUUGAAGGGCUCGACUAAAAUCCAUAGGACAGGACCAUGGAAUGCUCCGUCAAGUGGAGUAGUCGGAUUGAAACCUAAUCCACUUUAUGAUUUUGUAUUUGUCAACAACGAAGAUGAAGUGUAUUAUAGAUACACGCUGAAGAAUAGUUCUGUGAUCUCUAUAGUGAUUGUCAACCAAACCCUAGCAAUUCGACAACGUCUCCUUUAUGUUCCCGAAUCAAAAACAUGGAGUGUUUACCAAACAACGCCAUUGGAUGCUUGUGAUUAUUACAACGUUUGUGGGGCAAAUGCACAAUGCAUCAUUGAUGGAUCGCCAAUGUGUCAAUGUUUACUUGGAUUUAAGCCAAAAUCACCGGAACAAUGGAAUUCAAUGGACUGGACACAAGGAUGUGUGCGUAGUGGAAAUUGGAGUUGUGGGAUCAAAAACCAAGAUGGCUUUCAAAAAUUUGUUGGGAUGAAAUUUCCAAAUACUACAAAUUCUUGGAUUAAUCGAAACACGACACUUAACGAUUGCAAGACAAAAUGCUUUCAAAAUUGUUCUUGCACAGCUUAUACAUACUUGGAUGCAAAUGGAGCAGUCAGUGGUUGUUCCAUCUGGUUUGGUGAUCUUAUUGAUUUAAGAAUUUUACAAAGUAGUGGUCAAGAUCUCUAUGUUCGAAUGGAUAUUGAUUCUUCAAAUUUCGGAGGUCUUGCACAUGGGCAUGGGAAGAAAGUUGUCAUGGCGGUUUCGAUCACAGUUUCAAUGUUGCUUGUGAUGCUAUUGGUAUUCUCCUACGUUUAUAUAUUCAAAUCAAAACUUAAAGGGAAAAAAGAAAAAAAUGGAGCAGGACAUGAAGAUUUUGAGCUUCCUUUCUUUGAUCUAGCUACAAUGAUCAAGGCCACCAAUAACUUCUCAAUCAACAAUAAACUCGGUGAAGGUGGUUUUGGACCGGUAUACAAGGGUACAUUAUUAGAUGGACAAGAAGUUGCAGUCAAAAGACUUUCAGGAAAUUCUUGUCAAGGAUUGAAAGAAUUUAAAAAUGAAGUCAUAUUGUGUGCUAAAUUGCAACAUCGAAAUCUUGUUAAGGUUAUUGGUUGUUGCAUUGAAGGAGAUGAAAGACUCUUACUCUAUGAAUACAUGCCAAACAAAAGCCUUGACUUAUUUCUUUUUGAUCCAACUCAAAGUAAAUUGUUAAGUUGGUCAUUGCGUUUUAACAUCUUGAAUGCAAUUGCUCGAGGAAUUCAAUAUCUUCAUCAAGAUUCUAGAUUAAGGAUCAUACACAGAGAUCUAAAGGCAAGUAAUAUUUUACUAGACAAUGAAAUGGAUCCUAAAAUUUCAGAUUUUGGCAUGGCUAGAAUGUGUGGAGGUGAUCUAAUUGAAGGGAAGACAAGUAGAAUAGUUGGUACAUACGGUUAUAUGGCACCAGAAUAUGUGAUUCAUGGAUUAUUCUCUGUAAAAUCAGAUGUAUUUAGCUUUGGUGUAUUAUUGCUAGAAAUAAUAAGCGGAAAAAGAAAUAGAGCACUUACCUAUCAUGAGCGUGAUCACAAUCUUAUUUGGCAUGCAUGGAGAUUGUGGAAUGAAGGAACUCCACAUAAUUUGAUUGAUGAAUGCUUGAGAGAUGCAUGUCUUCUACACGAAGCUUUACGAUGUAUCCAAAUUGGUCUAUUAUGUGUGCAACAUGAUGCUAAUGAUAGGCCAAACAUGAAGUAUGUGAUUACAAUGUUGGAUAGUGAAAGUACUUUACCUGAACCAAAAGAACCUGGUUUCUUAAUUCAAAGGAUAUUGGUUGAAGGACAAUCUUCUUCUAAAAGCCAAACAUCUUCUGAUAAUGGAAUAACUAUCACACAAUUAAGUGCUAGAUAGAGAAAAUAGUUAAUUUUUAACAUUGUCGAUACAAUACUUGCAUUUUGGGAUUUAAACUAGCCAUGAUUGUUUUUUUAUUAUAGUUAUAGCUAUGGACCUAUGGUGAUGUAUGAUUGUA